GCGCUUGCUAAUGACGUCACCGCAAAGCCCGCCUCGUUCCGUUGUAUGACAGGAGAGUUUAUUUUCUACGGAAAGAAGCGGAGGAUUGUUCAGAUUGUGGUAACGCUUACAGAUUGUGCACGUCAUGGAGAAGCAGAAGAAAAUGAUGGUUUUGGAUGAUUUUGUAGAAUAUCGCCUUUUCCUGGUGUCCGAUGAGCCUGACCCUGCGAAGCUCAAACAUAUUUUGCAGCAAUACAUAGAAGAAAUACUGGCUAGACUUGCUCCAUUACUGGCUGAUUACAUCUGGCAAAACCAGGCGUUUAAUCUGAAGUAUAAAUCUAAGAAAGGAGACGUUCCAGCUCAUAUUGGAGGAAUCACACAUUUUGGUGAUAAUAUAGAAGACGAGUGGUUUAUAGUUUGCCUAAUCCAACAGAUCACAAAGGACUUUCCAGAACUAGCUGCCAGGGUUGAGGACAACGAUGGCGAGUUCCUGCUGAUAGAAGCAGCCGAUUUCUUGCCCAAAUGGCUGAAGCCAGAGAAUAGCUCUAAUCGGGUUUUUUUUCACCAUGGAAAGCUGUGCAUCAUACCUCUGCAGCAAGAUGGGGGCGAUCUGCAAGACCCAGCUUCAAGUAUAGACCUAUCCCAAGCCCUGAGGUUACUCUGUGCUCACCCAGAGGCCUGUGCAGCGACAGCAUCCAUUGCUAAUGCUAUCAAGAGGCGAAUUAAAGGGUACCCUGAAAGCAUUAAGGACUCCUUCCAUCGAGCCCACUGUUUGGUUCCAGCUGAGAUUGCAGCUAUAUUAAAGGAGCGCCCACAGUUGGUAUCAGCCGCAGUGCAAGCGUUUUACCUCCGGGACCCUAUUGACCUGAAAGCAUGUCGCACAUUUCAGCAUUUCAAACCUGAAAGGCUCGUGUUCACAUCUGUGACAUUUACAAAGUGUCUAUAUGCUCAGCUCAGCCAACAGAGGUUCCAUCCGGACAAACGCAGCGGAUACACCCUUCCUGCCCUCUCGCAUCCCAAGUACAAAGCGCAUGAGCUGGGAAUGAAACUGGCGCACGGUUUUGAAAUCUUGUGUUCCACAUGUGCUGGGUCCACUGGAUCGGCCACAAAACAUCCUUCACAGAGCCCACUCUGGACUGGGUUUUUAAACAACUUGAAAAAGAAUGAUUUCUUCAAGGGUGAAAUGGAGGGAUCAGCGCAGUAUUGUGAACUAAUAAAGAAAGCGGAAAUUUACUUCCAGCAAUCCAUAUUCAAGCCAGACAGUUCAGCGAACCUGAGUCCUGGUGAAGAAGUUCUUAAGUUACUGAGCACCCUGAAAGUUAACAUGGAAGAGCUGAAAAAAGAAGAGGCCCGUCUUCCUCCAGAAGAAGAUGACAGCUGGUUGGACUUGUCACCAGAGAAGUUGGAACAAAUCUUACAGAAUGCUGUAGGUUUAAAGGAAGUUCCCACUGAAUCUGAGGAGCAAUACAAUUUGUCUGAAGUGACUGAUAGCAUGAAGGCAUUUAUCUCAAAAGUGUCUUCACAUGAAGGAGUAGAACUGCCCUGGAAUCCUGCAGAAGCGCCAGUCACAUUCGAUGUAGAUUCUUUCACAAACGCUUUGGAAAGGAUUCUUGGUCCAAGUCCAGAGGAACUCGAUUCUGAUGAUUUAGAGUCUGAAGAAGACUUUGAGUUACUGAACAGCGAUGAAGACUUGGAUGAUGAUCAAGCCACUCCACUGAAUGCAGAUGCCCUGCAAAGCCUACACUCUUACAUGGACGUUAUGGACAGGGAACUGGCACACACAAACAUUGGGAAAAGCUUUACCAAGAAGACUAAUGUGCAGGAAGCAGUCAAUCCCAAGACCGCUAAAGCUAAUGAGAGUAACUCUGAGGAAGAGGUGAAUGCCGACGAGUCCGACUUGGCCCCAGUUGACUUGGACUUAAAUUUGGUCACAAAUAUCCUUGAAUCAUUUAGCUCCCAGGCUGGACUAGCUGGGCCAGCUUCCAAUUUAUUACAAAGCAUGGGUGUCCACCUUCCUGAUAAUACUGACCAGGAGACAGCUGGCACAAGUUUACCGCGCUGAAAUAACCCACGGACUCCUAUGUUAACAUUCUGGUACUUUCUUGUGUCUUACAUAUCUGCUAGUAACUUCAGGAUCUGUAGGGGAUUGGAGCAUAUCCAAAAUGUGAUCUAAUCAUUGAGACCCUCACCAAUGACAAACAGCUACCUUCAUUAAUGCACUGUAUUGCAGCAUAGCCCCAACCAGGGCAAUGGAGUUAGACUGAUCUCGCAUGGAUAUGCCAGUGGAAGGCACCGAUCUAACAGUAUUUAGCUUUCACACUUGCGUUUGGUGUGGAUCCGUCAGGAAUCUGCACAAACGCUUCCGUUCAGACAAUACAACCGCAUGCAUCUGUUCAGAACGGAUCAGUUUGUAUUAUCUGUAACAUAGCCAAAACG